CUGGACUUGGUUCACUCAGACGUGUACACACUUUGAACCUGUCUCACAACCAGUUAGUCAGCAGUGAUGGGUUGGAAGACGCCAUCACUGUGCAGCAUCUAGACCUCUCCCACAACUACUUGCAGAGAGUUGCCAACAUCAGCAAGCUCUGCCUCUUGAGUGACCUCAUCUUGGCAUGCAAUAAUCUUCGUCAGGUGCCUGAACUACAAAACCAGGUACUGUUACAGACAUUGAACCUACAAGAAAACAGCAUCAGAUCUCUGGAGCCCCUCAGCCAAUACUGGUUACCCCUUUUGCAUUCACUCAACUGCAGUCAGAACAUGCUUGAAAGUGUUUCUGGCAUCAGUGGUUUAAUCUUGCUGUCAUACCUGGAUGUUAGUCACAACCAAAUUACAGAAAUGGAAAACCUACUGCCUGGCAUAGCACAGAGUAAACGGCUGGAAACACUGCUGUUGGAAGGUAAUCCUUUAGUGGAUGCAUGCACACAAGAAUAUCAGCAACUUGUCAGCAAAGCUGUACCAUCCCUCAAGUCCUUAGAUACUGUCUCAGUCCAGCCACAAGCAGCAGAGUCUGCCCUGGGUAGCAGAGCUAACUUGUGUGAUGAUGUCAUUCAGAUGUGCUUGGCUCAAGCUAGCCUACACGCUGCAUUAAAAGACCAAGUGUUGUUGGUUAACCAGCAUGUGACAGCUGAGACCUUGUGCUCCACCUGCUUCACUUUUUGUGACACAUCAUUCAAGAUGGCCUCAGAACACAGAUCUGCUCAUGAAUACGGUGAUACAAGUACUACACGUGAUAUUAACCAUUCCUCCAUGUUUGCCAUGAAUGGAAAAGCCAAGUUUUGUGCAAUAACUGACAGUAAACCAGAGUUAGCGUCUAUGGCAGACAGAAAGCAUACAUUUUAUGUUUCUGAAAGUUAUAAAACAUCAGACAAGAGUGUUUCUGAUACAUACAUGGUUAAAUCUGUUGCCAUACCUGACAAAGAAAACUAUGUGUCUGAUAACCAGAGUGCAGUUAUCAAAAAUUCAAAUUCUGUGGUAGUAAAAAGUGAUAUUUCUAGUGCAGUAAUGGAUCGGGAUUCAAAUGUUACCAAUGUGACCAUGCAACCUGAUUGUGAUAUAUCAAACAAUACAGACACAACAACUAGACAAGAUCAAAGUAAAACAACUCACAUGAAAUCAAGAUUAUAUGCUACCGAUGGAAACAAGACAGCUAGACAGUCUGCAGAAGUUAAUAUUAGUUUGUCUGAAACAAAUAAUAGUGACAGAAAUAAUAAUUGUAAUAAAAACAGCUACCGUUCGUCUUCUAAUGGCUCCCCCAUUGAAAGGAUAAACAGAUUUCCAUUGGCUGGUAAGCAAAAUCUGGAGAAUUCAAUGCAAGACAAUCAUUUAACAGUAAAAGCAAAAGCAGCCAAUGUCAAACUUCCUGACAGUGGCCACUUUGGACAGUACUUGAGUGGAAAGGACAAGUUUGAAAUUGCUUUACAAGCUCAGUCUACAACCACCAAAGUCCUGGCCAAUGGUGAGACACAGAACAGUGUUAGCACACUCCAGUCUAUGAAUGGAGAGGGCAAUAAAUUUUUGUCAGGAGUGAAAGCUAACAUUGUUGGAGGGCAGUUAUUCAAGCAGGAUACAAGUGGCAUUGGAUCUAGAGAUUUGGAGUUAUCUGCCCUUGACCCCGAUGGAAACGUGGACUUAGACAGCAUGGAGUUUGACAUUGACAGUUUCUUGGACAUGGAAGAGCUUGAUGAGCUUCUAGAACUCGGCUGGAGACCAGCAGAUGUCCCUCACGUUCCCCAGAGUUCUCAUCCUCUACCUGGACAAAUAAAAGCAACAGACGACCACAAUGUAAAACUGAACCAGCAGAAGACGAGAAAUCAGGACCACAUUCAGCCCCACCCACCAGCCCAGCCUUCUCAGGCCUGGACAAAUUCUCCAGUUUCUGCAGAUGUGAAAUCUUCAGGUCUCAAUCUUGCUCUAGGGGCAGCCUCACCAGCUACAGCUCCCUCACCUUUAUCUGUCGCCAGCACUGCAGAAACUGGGUCAAGAGGAAGCAUCAGAUCCAAGAAGGAGGAACUAUCUGAGGAAUGGGGUUUUAAAGACUCUCGUACCGUUGAGAUGAUGUUUGCAAGAGCUAAGAAGAUGAAGUAUAACAGCGAGAGGCGCAGGAAGCUUGACAAGCUUGAUCCUCAACAAAAACUUCAUCUGCUAAAGAAGUUGGAGGAAAAGUAUCGAGUCAAAUCCACAAGACCUCCAUCUGCAAAAAUUCUGCCACGGAAAGAAUAUUUUAGAGCGAGAGAAGAGGAAUUUCACAGACAAGAACUGGAAAAACAGACAGAAGACAGCACACGUGCCCGUCGGAUGUUUGAGUGGCUGCACACUCAAGUUGGAGACCACCAUACAGCAAGUUCAAGGUUAAAUCCAGGGCUGAGUUCAGGCUAUUUGAAUCAGGACAAUGCUUCCAGCAGACGUAAUGCUGUUGGAUAUGCCCAUUCUAGAAAGUCCAGUCCUCUGUCUGACUCUCACAAGUCAGUUGUCAGGGAUGCCCAGCAAGUCAGGAGAUAUUCUAGUGAAGAGACUCUACCUGGCCAUUCUAUUAUCUUACCUCCAAUUCAUGAAAGCUCUCUCCCUUCCAGCCACAAGAAAGACAGGAUUUCAUAUCGAGACACACCUGUUGAGAUCAGCGGAGGAUGGGGUGGUGGAAAGAAAAGAGGAAAAAUAAACAGGUAG